AUGGAAGACAGUGUUCAAAUCGAAGAAGAUCCAGUUUCAUCAGUGGAUGAUUUGGUACCGGCAGUCAGAGAUCAACUCGAUCUAGCUACUGGAGAAGAAGGAGACGCUCGGCAACUACCAAUCUUAACAAAACAACAAUCAACAGCCAAAACUGUCGAUUCUUUACUGAAAACAGAAACCGAUCCUGAUGCCAUCGAAUCAUUAGAAUUAGUAUUGAAUAGUGUUGUCAAAGUGUUUUGUACCUCAACUCCGUGCAAUUUUUAUUUACCAUGGCAAAUGAAACGCCAAACACCUCAUACUGCAUCAGGUUUUGUAAUAAAAAAUCGCUGGAUUCUGUCCAAUGCUCAUGCAGUUUCAAAUGCGUCCAGUAUUCGUAUUCGAAAACAUGGUGAUGCCAAGAAAUAUUCUGCUCACAUUGUCUACAUAGCACAUGAAUGUGAUCUCGUCAUUAUGACAGUUGCUGACGAUCAAUUUUGGCAUGGAUUAGAACCGUUAUCGUUCAGCGAUAUCAUUCCUCGGUUACAAGAAUCAAUAACAGUUGUUGGAUAUCCCAUAGGUGGUGAUAAUUUAUCGGUUACUAAAGGUGUGGUCUCAAGAGUGGUUAUGUCAACUUACUCGCAUUCACUUGAAUACCUAUUAACGAUACAAAUCGAUGCAGCGAUCAAUCCAGGUAACAGCGGUGGACCAGCGAUCCAAGGUAAACAUGUUGUUGGCAUGUCUUUUCAAGGUCAAUCAUUAGCGCAAUCGAUUGGAUAUAUCGUGCCUGUUAUGGUGAUCCAACAUGUUUUGAAUGAUAUUGAAUUACACAAGAAAUACACCGCAUUUCCCAUCAUGAGAUUUUAUUACCAACCUAUGGAGAAUACAUCCUAUCGUGAAUAUUUGAAAUUAAACGAAGAUCAACAUGGUAUUCUAGUGACAUCGAUUGAAAAAGUCUGUGUUCUUAGUGAAGUAUUACAAGAAGACGAUGUAAUUACAGCUAUUGAUAACGUACCAAUAGCUGACGACGGAACGAUUUACUUUCGUCGCGGCGAAAGACUUAAUUUUCGUUAUCUCGAAAAACUCAAAUUUGUCGACGAUACGAUCACAUUGAAAAUUAUCCGACAAGGUAAAGAAUUGACAUUGACGAGCUUGUUGGACAAUAAUCCAACACUUGUUCCACUUCAUUUACACGACAAACAUCCCGAAUAUUUGAUCUAUGCGGGAAUUGUCUUUACAAUUUUAAGUCGAUUUUAUCUCUAUGAGUUCAGUCGGCGUGAUUGGCACCGCAGAGCUCCAACCAAUUUGGUUAAUCUUGCGUUGAAUAGUCAACGCGAAGAACUUAACCAGCAGAUUGUGAUUAUCAAUCAAAUCCUUGUCGACGAUGUCAAUCAUGGAAUUUCGUCGGAUGUUGCAAAUUGCGCGCUGACACGUGUAAAUGGUACGAAAAUAGAAAAUAUACAACAUUUAGCGCAGCUAAUUGAUGGAAUAUCAAAUAGUGAAAAUACCGACAAUUAUAUUCGAUUUGAACUUGAAAAUAAACGAUUUAUAGUCAUUUCGUGUCAACGAGCGAAACAGUCAGAAGCGAGAAUAUUGAAACAGAACUCGAUCGCACAGCCAAGAAGUGAACAUUUACGUUGA